AUGCGAGCAAGCCGUAACGGGGAGGUUGAUCGUCAAAUGACCUUGUUUCCACACAAAGCGGCAGGAAGCAGCAAUCAACCAUUGCAUUUAGCAGAGAAUCUCUCAUCUUUACUGCCGAAUUCAAUCCUGACACCCGAACAAAUAAUAAUGGUCAGGGCUUUGACGAUCUCCUGCGGUCUCUUCGCACCUCUGCUCUCUCACUGUCGGAGGAAGAAAUCACUGCAAUCCAUCCUACCAGCAAAAUUCCAUCCUCUGCAUCAUUCUGAUGUCCAGAGGCCUUUUAAGUCUUCCAGUAGGUCUAGAGGAAACGCCGCGUCGACAUUUCAACCCACUGGCAAAGUCAGACUACCGGAUGGAACUGUCCAAAAAAUUGAGAGCAUCAGACUUGCUGAUUUUUUACGAACAGCCGCGCCAAUCAACGCAGAGUCUCUGCUCCAGUGGUGCAGAGUUGAGCAAAUUUUCUUGGAAAGACCCCUAGCCUCAGACCAUCGAGAGCUCAUGAAAAUUCGCUUUUCACUAAAUCCUUUCACACCUUUACUGUUUACAAAAGGGUUCUAUAAUUUAUCGUCUGUGAUUACGUAUGAUCACAUCUGCAACCGCGAGCAGCCCUAUUUCGUCAGGUCGCAUGGGUGGUCUUCAUGCGAUCCCCGCCUCACUCAAACCCGCUGUGGUUUGCGAUGUCGACAACUUUCAGUUGGUGAUUUCUGCCUUGCUAUUAUUCCAUCGGAGAUUGCCAAAUCCCUAUCACACAGCGCGCAAGUGAGUUCCACUUCUGGCAGUUGCAUGGACAAAGUGCCUCCGCUUACGAAAGGACUGAAUGAGGAUACUUGGAGCUCAAGCAGUCCAGCUUUCCAAAACUGUGACUCCCGAUUCAAUUCUUCGCCAACUUUGCCCCAGCAACCUCUUAAUCUGAAAAAAGAGAGCGGCGCCGUUCCCACCUACUUUACCGCGGCUUCUUUAGCCGAGUCGCCCUUCAAGGAGAAGUCUUUAAAAGUUUGUCCUUAA